AUGUCCCUUUUACGUUGCAUUCCCCGAACCACCUCUAUAUCUCGCUCCUUCUCUUCCAUAUCCGCUCGAGCUUAUUCCGCCGGUAUACCUCAACCUUCCUACCCAGUCCAGGAUAAACAACCUUCUUCCUCAACUCCUCAAAAUCUCCAACAGUCCCCCAACGUAGCUACGACAUGGUCGACGGGCCAGAACCCCAAACCCCACGCAUAUGAUAACCAGCGAUUCGAGCAGACCGCCCUGCAGUUCCAGCCUAAUGCCCCUUCCGCUAUGGGGAUGGUCAGUGAGGAUCCAGUGAGGUUGGUCAAUGGACGAAGAGCUACUUGUGAUGGUGGUAUGGGAGCUCUUGGACACCCUAAAAUUUUCAUCAACCUCGAUAAGCCAGGACCCAAAGUGUGUGGAUACUGCGGUACUCGAUUCGAGCAAGCGCAUCACGAACAUUAG